AGUUCAUUAUGCAUCAUUUAUCGAAAGGCUAAUUUGCUGUCAUGGCUGACGUGGAUUUUCAUGAACAGGAGGGGAUGAAUGAUGUCCCCUUAGAGGGUGACAUUUCAGCUCCAGGCUUGAAAACAGAUGAAGAUGAAUUUAAUACCCUUGAUGAACCUGUCAAAGAUACUAUUUUACGAGAUCUGAAAGCAGUAGGAAUUAAAUUUUGGCAUGUGUUAUAUCCAAAACAGAGUAAAACAUUAUUAAAAGAAUGGGAUCUGUGGGGACCUCUUGUUUUAUGUGUAUUUAUGGCAAUGAUGUUGGAGGGAUCACAUGGUAAAAAUGACAAAGUAUCCGACGGUGGACCUCAGUUUGCAGAAGUUUUUGUAAUUUACUGGGUUGGCGCUAUGGUUGUCACAUUAAAUACAAAAUUAUUAGGGGGAAAUAUAUCAUUUUUCCAAAGUAUUUGUGUAUUGGGUUACUGUGUGUGUCCAUUAACUGUUUCCUUGAUUAUAUGUCGACUUAUAUUAAUUGCUCAGCAGACAACACCACUUUUUGUCAUUAGAUUUAUUGUUGUGGUCGUAGCAUUUGCAUGGUCAACUUUUGCAUCUACAGCAUUUUUAGCAGAAUCACAGCCUCCAAAAAGAAAAGCUUUAGCAGUAUAUCCAAUUUUUCUGUUUUAUUUUGUAAUAAGUUGGUUAAUUAUUUCACAUACAUGAGGAAAUAUUUUAUUCUAUCUAACGAAUAUUUGUGAUUCACAUACUGCCAUAAUAUGGAGAUCUAUAAAACAUGUUGUUAGAGAUUAUUGUAUAUAUGUGGGGAAACUUUGAAAUAUUUUGUGUGUAUCUGAAAGUGUUUAUUUUUGAGAAAUUUGUAUGGAAUCUAAUUGUGAAAUAAAUUACAUUUUUUUUUAUGUUUGAAUUAGGACCAUUCCAUUAAACUAAAUGUGGUAUGGUAGGAAGAGAAGAUAAAUUUUUGGAUAUUGGUACAUCUUUUUGUAAUAGGUGUAGUAUGUCCAUUUAGUGUAUUGAAAUUUACUCAAAACUAAAAUUGGUUGAAGAUUAUUUUCAGUGUCCCUUCCUACUUUCCCACAUUCAUUUAAAUGGAAUAGCCUAUUAUCAUAUUUUUAUUAUUGAUCAGAGGACAUGUAAAAGAGUAUUUCUUAAUCUUGGCAAAAGUAACUUUUUGAUCCAAUUGACUAAAGAAAACAUAGAAGAAAUAUUAAUCCUAAAUAGGAAUUAAAAUGCCUUGAAUAAAAUCUUAGUCUUUGUCAGUUUGAUUAUCCAUUUUUUUCCACUUUUUGUUUAAACUUUUAAAUAGCUUGAUACUGCUACAUGUAUAAGUAAUCUUAAUUUGAUGCAUAAAAAAAUGAUCAUGUUGUUCUACAAAGGUAAAUUUUUAGUAGUUAACUUUGUUAACAGUUCUGAUUGUACAUUGGUGGAAUAUUUUAAUUUUUUAAAAAAGGAAAAUCAUUUAUAAUUGAUUGAACAAAGUUUUCUUGUUUUAUGUCAUAAGAGAAGAAUGUUUGUAUCUAUAGUUGACCGAUUAAUUACAUGGGCGUUCAUUAUAUUUCAUUUUAAAAAGUAAUAAUACUUGCAAUUUAUUAGUCAUUUCCAUGUUCUUCAUCUUAAAUUAGCUGAGAUUUCUUUAAAAAAUUUCCAACAGUAUGAAAUGAAGAUGAAAUGACCUUUGACAUAUUUAAAUUGUUAAAAAAAUUGCAUUAUAUGAUUGGUUAAUUUUUCUACCCUCAGUAUGCAAUAUAGAUAAAUAGUCAACAUGGAUGGAAAGUGUUCUUUUAACAUAUUCCUAUAUGAACAUGUAAAAAAGUAUGUUUGUUGAAUAUUUCUGUACUCAAAACACACAGCAUAAAUUUGCAUAGAAAUAUUUUCGUUUACCGAGAAUUUUGUUGACAUUUUUUUCUGUGACUAAAACCAUCAAAUUCAAACAUCAGCCAUACAUUUAACACAUCAUUGGCUCUUUUCUACCAAAAAAAUCUUUAUAGUGAUAAGUCAUAGUGAAAUGUCAUUGACUUAAAGAGUAAGAUAUUUGUAAAGAGAAUAUCUGGUCUUUCUUACCAAAUAGAAAUAUUACUCCUAGGAAUAUUUACAAUAUUUUAAAAUUGAAAACAUGUUUCAAUAACAAUAGUGUUGAUUUUAUUUAUUACAAUUAGCCUUAUCUUUAACCAUAUACUAUCUAAUAUACAUCACAGUAUUAAAUAUGUUUUAGAUUUUCAUACUUAAUAAUAUGUUAGAUGUUAGAAUAUUUCAAUAGAAAUUAAGCACAUUCUAUAUACAAGUGUAAAAUUAAUAUUUACAACAUAAAACAUGUAUGUGUUAACCAACUAGCAAAGUGUCAAUUCUAUUUGAUUUAGAAUGUCCAAUAUUAUAACCAAAAUAGUACAGGUAUUGAUGGGGAGAUACUCUGAUAAAUCAAAUGUAAAGUCACUUGAAUUGAGCUCUUUCACAUAACAAUAUUAAUUUCAAUAUCAAACAGUUUUUUGAAAAGCUUAUAAUAAAACUAGAAUUGAACUGAUAAUUUGCAAGACAAUUAGUGGACACAUGAACAGGUUCUUUUUUAAUUUAAUGAUGACAUUCUGCUACUGUUAAUAGACCCUUUUGGUAAUAUAGGUCUAAAUGUAUUUUUGCACUUGAAGUUUUUCGAACAUUUGGCACUUAAUUUUCCUGAGGAAGGUAAAUCUAUUUAUGUUUUACUUUUAUUUAUUCCUUGGCCACAAUACUAAUCUGAUGUGUCAAGUUCUUCUCUAGUUGAUUUUUACUGUUUAUUUCUACUGUCAUUGUUGAUCUUAUGUCAUAGAGAGGGUAAAACAAUCAGAAAACUUGUACAGUCUUCCCUAUUGUAAUUUUGCGUCCCAUGCCUAAGUGUUCAAAAUCAUAAAUUUGAGCAUUUUUUUCAGUUUUGAUAUAGACAGUCCCUUUUUAGAAUUAUAUAAGAAAAUUCUGGUAUAUACCAUUGAAUGCAAUACAUUUUAGUUAUGGGAAUUUCAUGUUCAUGAACAAAAUUGAGGCUUUGGCUCCUUAUUAUUCUGUGAAAAAUCAACAAUAUAGCUUGAUUCAUUUUGUCUCCCCUAUAAAAAGAAAGUUGCCAAGUUGAUAUGCAAGUAACAAUUCGGAAAUUCCAACAGGAAAUUUAUUUAUUUAAAUGAAUGUCAUUAAAUCUAUAAAGAAUGUUGUGAAAAAUUAAGAGAUUAUGUGCAAAAUUAGAGAAAAAGUUAUCUCCCAUUUUAGGUACUGUUAUACAGAAAUUUUUGAAAGCAUUUAUUGCAAUUUUGACAAAAUUCAAGAUUAAUUAUUGGGUAUUCAGACAGAGAUAUGCAUACAGAAAAAUGUAUCAGAAUGCAAGUUCUUAUUUAUAUUGCAAUAAUCACCCAGUAGCAAUAUUCGCAUUUAUGAAAACCUUACAAUAAUUUCUGAAUUUACAGUAACUAUUCUGGAUUGUCUUAAGACUAAUAAUAAUCUUCUGUGACAAUGAAAGUUAGUGCUAUUUUACUAAUGUGUUUUUAUAGAUUAUGAAAAUCAUGCAAGAGGUUCACAGCCUGACUUGGUGUGAUUAAUGUAUUAUUGUUUAUUAGUUUGUUAUUUGUUUAAAAACUUAAGAAUUCCAUAAGACUGCUUGAUCUGUUAUUUUAUAUGAAUAAGUUGUAUAUUUUGUACAUACAUGUAUAUCGAAAUGAUAUGUAUAUAAUGACAAAUUUUAUUUAUAAAUAUUACAAUAAAUGCAAUAAAAUGGCA